AUGGCAGCCUUCUCCAACGACGUCUCCUAUCAGUCUGCUACGGCCACGGCUACUCAUCCUCGCUCGUUCGAACCCCCUCGGAAGUCGCACGAUAAGACCCCCGUCGGAAAUACUUUCCUGUGGACCAACUGGCCCAACGGCAACGACGCGAAUCACGACUCUCAUCAGAAUGACCGGCACCUUCUGACUGACCUGAAGAACGUCAGUGCAUACUCCCUGAAUGGCCCUCGCUCUAGUAUUGGCUCGUACACGCGCGACCUGCCCCUGUCCAAGGACGGCAGCAUGCAUUCGAUAGGCAAUGGAUCCAUGAGAGAUCCCCGGGAGAAUGGCCGCCCGUCCGCUAUGCUCGACCGUAAAACUUCCGACACUGGACCGGGAGCUAUUUCCACAACAGAAUCCCCUUCCACCCAACAACCGAAUGGCACUGCAAACGGCCGACCUGUCCAGAAACUCAUGGUCAAUGGAGAUAUUCAUCCACCUAAUGCCGAUGAGUCUUCGAUCUCACCAUCGGCCUCGCUCUUACAAAUCCCGCAGCAGGAUGAGGCCGGUCGUCAUUCUCCAGACCCCGAUCGCCUGACACCGAACUCGAAGCCCGGCCAACCACGUCACUCCUCCCCUCCCGCCUCAUCGACGCUCGACGCUGCCUCCAUGCCAGAAUCGCAGAAUUCCAGCAUGCGACAACGACAUUCAUUGCAGGUUCCGACAACGCCAAGUGUUCGACGAGAUAGCCGAGAAUACACCGAUGACACAGUGUACAGCAGUGGCCGCAUGUCACCGACGGCUGGCUUCCGACGCGCAUCGGUCGGUCUAAUCAGACGAGCUACGAAAACCAGCACCCAGCAAGACAUCACUUUGGAUGAGGCACCACCGGAUGAAGAUGCGGCCCGAUGGGCCGAAGCUUUUAAACAAAAGCGAGCGUCGCGACGACGCCGCGAAGAGGAGGACGACGAGCGGGUGAUUGUCGGCACCAAAGUCGACCAGAACCACGUCAACUAUGUGACAGCAUACAACAUGUUGACUGGUAUCCGAUUCACAGUCUCGAGGAUCAACGCGAAAAUGGACCGGGAACUCACCCCGGCAGACUUUGAUGCCAAACACAAAUUCUCUUUUGACAUAACCGGAAACGAACUGAUUCCCUCCGCAAAAUACGACUUCAAGUUCAAAGACUAUGCACCGUGGGUGUUUCGACACCUUCGCGCCAAAUUCCGUCUCGAUCCCGCCGACUACCUGAUGUCACUCACAAGCAAAUACAUUUUGUCGGAACUGGGCUCCCCCGGCAAGAGCGGGAGCUUCUUCUACUUUUCACGUGACUACAAGUACAUCAUCAAGACCAUUCAUCAUUCCGAGCACAAGCUUCUCCGGAAGAUUCUUCCUGAGUACUACCGGCACGUAGAGAACAACCCAAACACCCUCAUCUCACAAUUCUAUGGAUUACAUCGAGUCAAGAUGGCAUACGGCCGAAAGAUCCACUUUGUCGUGAUGAACAACCUGUUUCCGCCCCACCGAGAUAUCCACCAGACGUUCGACCUGAAGGGCUCGACGAUUGGUCGUGACCUGCAAGAGUCAGAUCUUGAGAGAAACCCCAGAGCGACUAUGAAGGACUUGAACUGGGUUCGUCGCAAUCGCCACUUGGAAUGUGGCCCGCCAAAACGAGACUUCUUCAUUGAGCAAUUAAAACGCGACGUGGUGUUGCUUCAAAAACUCAAGAUCAUGGACUACUCUCUUUUGGUGGGAAUCCAUGAUGCAGGCCGGGGCAACGAAGAGAAAUUGCGUGACAAGACUCUUCAGGUCUUCCAGCCAGGAGGCAACCGCGAAGAGGAUGCGACUCCCAACAACCUAAUGCGCACUCCAUCGAAAUUGGAAAAUGAACGCAAGGCCCGGGAGCUGCGCAUGCUAAUCAAACGCGAACGACCUGUUCCAUUGGACAAAGCAGCUGCGAAGAUGCCAGAUGAAAUCCUCGAUGAACGGAAAUAUCAUGUUUUCUACGCGGAUGAUGGAGGUUUCUUGGCGACUCAUGAGAAUGGCCAACCCGGUGAUGAGAUCUAUUACCUCGGUAUAAUUGAUUGCCUAACUCAUUACGGAACCAUAAAGAAACUCGAGAACCUUUUCAAAGGAUUCUCGCAUGACCGGACACAGAUAUCUCCAAUCCCACCAGAGAGGUACGGAGAGCGCUUCAUUAAUUUUAUCAAGGGAAUCACCAUGUCGAAGGAAGAAGCCGAACGAGGACACGAUUCUCGAGUUUCUGCCUCCGGUGCACCUCAACAAUCAACCGAAAAUCCGCAUUCGAGAUCCUCUUCUGUCGAGCGAACAAUGCAGACAGCGGAGAAGGAGGCAUCGAAAGACGUUUCCGUCACACAUCCUCGAACAUUAGCCACUGUUUGGGACCCAGCAGAUGCCGGAGGCCCCGGUCCGACUUCGACUCUUCCCAUCGUGGACGAAGCCGGCGAGGCAAGCAGUGUCGGAGGGCACAGCUCGCACAGCCGAAACGGCCCUCAAGAUUUCGACCAGGAAUUGCAUACCCCUCGCGACGCUCCACCGGCAAUUUCUAGCAAAGGCAAGGAAGUUGAUCGGCGCAAUCUUCCGAAUCCCGGUCCGGUCCGACGUUAG